CAUUGUUAUUGUCAUCACUAUUGCAUUUACAUUGUUGCUGUACGUCGUGUUUUAAUUAAUUUCCAUUGCGUUUUCUGUCAUUUUACCAGUCGCAUUAUGAAAAUUUACAAGCAGAAACUGCGCGAUGUGUGGCUGCAAAUGGAGGAGUUUCGUGCGUGGCUGCGACGGGAUCCGGACGACUCCUACCGGGCGCACUGCCGCUUCUGCAAAUGCUGCGUAAACACCAAAAUCAGCGAUCUGCGUGCCCAUGCGGCGACCAAGAAGCAUAUGAAGCACUUGGACCUUAAACCGCAUCUCAAACCCUCGGACGGCAGCCAGUUAAACAGGUCAUCCGCCAGCAGCUCCAGCGCCACACCCUACAAGGUCAAGGUGAAGGCACAGCCGAAAACUCCCACGGUGAAGAAGGAGAAAAUCAGUGCCUCGGAUCAGUCCGUCGACUACGAGCAAAUCAUCGAGAACCUGGCCCUUUACGAGCCCGAGCAGGUCAUGUUCUCCUCGUGCUCCCUGACCGGCGGCGGUGAGCAGAGGCUGGAGGACGAGGUAGAAGGCGAGGGCGAGAUGUCCACCAUCAGCAUCAUGGACGAGGACAUGGUCAACAAGGCGGUGGCCAAUGCACUGCGCACCCAGAAGGACAGCUCCCAGAUCUUCGGGGACUUUGUGGCCGACCGACUACGGCAGUUGAACGCCGAUGCCUCCGAGUUUGCCAAGGACAAGAUAAUGAAGGUUAUUCUGGAGGCAGCGUCCAUCGACCGGGCUCCCACUUAUAAUUAAAGUAAACCGCAAAUAUUAGUUUUUAGUAUUGACUAUAGUUUGAAUAAAACAUGAAUUGUACGAUUAUGAUAAAUU